CCCGUUAAAAUGAGCGUAAAAAUUAACAGUAAACUCAUCGAGGAUUUUCUUCUUCCUGCACUUUUUAAUAAACAAUACGGAAAAGAUGUCGAAUGGACUAACAGAAAUGAUGGAAAAUUUCGAAUUAAGUGGCCAAGAAUUACUCAAAGGACUAAAUUAACAGAUAAAUCUUUUAAGUUAUUUAUGGACUGGGAUAAAUUAAAAGGUCGCGAUUUACCUUCUACAACUCAAGAACUUGUAAGAUCUAGACAAAGGUUUAAAGCUGCUCUUAGAAAAUUGAAAAUUAAGUCCAUACCUAAUUCCAGCUACGUUGAAAAGUAUAGAGAAUUUCAGAUUAAAAAGGAUAUUCUGGAUCAGGAAAAUAUAGACUUGGCAAACAUAUGCCAUAGAGAAGAGGAAAGAAGUUUCCAAGAAUCUAGCAACAGGCCAGAAUCUUUUAAAGAAGGAUCCAUAGUAAAAUGUGACUCGAAUAUCAAUACUCCCUACUUGCCUUCCAGAUCUCCUGUCAAUACGCACACCUUUUAGUGACUUAAAGACAAUUAACGUGCCCAUUAACUUAUCCACAUA